GUAGCAUCUGUCGAUGCAGAAGAAGGCGAUUUCUGGUUAGAAACGCUAUCGCAUGCCCGUGGGAAAGACGACCGCUGGACGGCUACCGUUGAGAUAGAAGGAAAGCCUAUUUUUUGCAAGUUAGACACAGGCGCAACAUGCUCGGUUAUAGCACGCAGCCAGCUGCAGAAAAUAACAAACAAGCAGCCACUUGAUUGCAACGUUGUUUUAAACACAUUUUUUGGCUUCCAGAAAAAAGCGACGAAACAAGUUCGUCUUGAAGUGGCAACGAGAGAAAGCAAGAUUCUGACAGAGUUUUUCGUCGUGGAUGACGAAAUCGCCGUGACCUUGAGCGGUACAGUUGCCGAAGAGCUUGGCUUGCUCCAACGUGUCUGCUCUGUCGACCAAAUAGAGCUUUACGGCACUGCCAAGCCUUACGAAGACGUGUUUGAAGGUCUGGGUCAACUGGAGGGUAUUGUCUACCAUCUAAAGCUCAAGCCCGGGUCCCAGGGAGUAGUGAAACCAGCACGGCGGAUUCCAAUAGCAUUGCAAAGCAAGGUGAAAGCUGAGCUCGACCGCAUGGAGACUGCUGGAGUCAUCGUGAAAGUGACCGAGCCGACAGAGUGGGCCAGCAACAUGGUCGUUGUUACAAAAGGAGAGAAGGAGUCCGUCCGGUACUUGGGACACAUUUUGACGCGCGACGGCCUGAGCCUGGAUCCACAGCGGCUAGAAGACAUCUUGCAAGUCCAGACGCCAAGCAACCAGAAAGAGCUGCAGACGUUCCUGGGCAUGGUUUCAGACAGACGGCUGAGCCAAGUUCUACAAGAGACCGACCAGGACCCUGUGAUGGUGAAACUUCGACAGUACGCAAGCAGUCAGUGGCCGGAGAGCAAAGCUGACGUCAGCAGCGAGCUACGAUGCUACUGGAGCUUCCGCGACGAGCUGCAUACGCAAGAUGGCCUUGUAUUCAGGAGCAACCGCCUCAUCAUUCCGGCCAAGAUGCGCAGCGAAGUUCUUGCCUGCCUUCAUGCAGCGCAUGGGGGAGCAGAAAAAAUGAAAGCACGUGCUCGAGCUGUACUUUUUUGGCCUUCUAUAAACAGCGAUCUAGAGGAAGUUGCUCGACGCUGUGAGACCUGCCAAAAGCACAAGCCACGAAAUCGGCGCUUGCCAUUGAUGAACCAUGAAAUUCCUAGCCUACCCUGGGAAGUUGUGGGAGCCGACAUAUGCUAUCACAAUGCUACCGAGUACUUGGUGGUUGUUGACUUUUAUUCUUUCUUUUUCGAAAUCAGGCCCGUGAAGACGACAGCCGACAAGGUGAUUGCUGCCUUCGCAGACAUAUUCGCCACUCAUGGCUUCCCGCAGCGCCUAUGCACGGACAAUGGACCGCCAUUCAGCAGCCAGGACUUUCGUGAAUUUGUCGGUAAGAUUAGCUUGCACCAUGUUCGCUCCAGCCCCUAUCACCCUCGAUCAAAGGGAAUGGCUGAACGUGCGGUGCAAGAAGCCAAAAAAUUGCUGAAGAGGUAUCGGUACGGCACAGUGGAUUUUUGUGCUGCAUUGCUUGAAUGGAGAAACACUCCUCGCGAUUCCUAUUUGAAAUCUCCAAUGCAGAGACUCAUGGGCCGAAAUGCGAGGACGCUGCUGCCAGUCACGGAAACCCACCUGCGACCGCAGACCAUACCGCCAGAGGAGGUUCAACGGCGGCUCCACGUCAUCAGAAGUAGACAACGUUCCUACUACAACAGGGGUACAAGGCCGCUACCAGGACUUCCUGAGGGCUCCCGCGUCACAGUGUACAACGUACCAUCAAAGACCUGGUUCCCUGCUACGGUUAUCAAGCCUGCCAACAGUCCGAGAGCCUACAUUGUUGAGACCGAAGAUGGACUCCAGUUGCAGCGCACCAGAGAACAUCUCCGUCUGGCCCCCACUCCACUGGUGCCCCCCACACAAGAACAUCAAGCUGACGUGGGCCCCGCCGAGCCACAACUACGCAGAAGCGAACGCAAUCGCCGGCCACCGCAAAGAUACCCCAUGCCGGAACUUUAG